CACCCCUCACGCUUCCCCACACUCAGUAGCAGGGAAGGUGUGCAGACAGGACCGGUCCAAACUCCGCUCGAGAUCAUGGGACUCACAAGUGAUCCAAACUUCCAGAAGCUGGAACAAUGGUUCAAGGCUCAUGCUGCAAGUCUCAAUAUGAGGCAGAUGUUUGAUGCAGACAAGGACAGAUUCAGCAAAUUUAGUGCCAAUCUAACUACAGACGAUGGAGAUAUCCUGCUUGAUUAUUCAAAGAAUCUCAUCAAUGAGGAAGUUAUGCACAUGCUGGUGGACCUGGCAAAGUCGAGGGGUGUGGAGGCUGCCAGAGAAAGAAUGUUUGCGGGAGAAAAAAUAAACUUCACUGAGGGUCGUGCCGUGCUCCAUGUCGCUCUGAGGAACCGCUCCAACACACCCAUCAUGGUCGACGGGAAGGACGUCAUGCCCGAGGUCAACAAGGUCCUGGAGAAGAUGAAGGGGUUCUGCCAUAAAGUGCGCAGUGGUGAAUGGAAGGGCUACACAGGAAAGUCCAUCACAGAUGUUGUCAAUGUUGGCAUUGGUGGCUCUGACCUGGGCCCACUGAUGGUCACCGAAGCACUCAAGCCCUACUCCAAGGGCGGGCCCCGUGUCUGGUUCGUGUCCAACAUUGACGGAACGCACAUCGCUAAGACCCUUGCUGAACUCAAUGCUGAGACCACACUCUUCAUCGUUGCCUCCAAGACAUUCACCACUCAAGAGACCAUCACCAAUGCAGAAUCUGCCAAGGAAUGGUUCCUGGCAGUAGCAAAGGAUCCAUCUGCAGUGUCCAAACACUUUGUGGCUCUCUCAACCAAUGGACCCAAAGUGAAGGACUUCGGGAUCGACCCUGAGAACAUGUUCGGGUUCUGGGACUGGGUCGGUGGACGUUUUUCCCUGUGGUCGGCGAUUGGGAUGGCCAUUGCCCUGCACAUUGGGUUUGAGAAUUUUGAGAAGCUGCUGAGUGGGGCACAUUGGAUGGACAACCACUUCCGCACCGCCCCACUGGAGAAGAACGCCCCAGUUAUCCUGGCCAUGCUGGGUAUCUGGUACAUCAAUUUCUUCCAGAUGGAGACUCACACCCUGCUGCCUUACGACCAGUACAUGCACCGCUUCGCUGCGUACUUCCAGCAGGGAGACAUGGAGUCCAAUGGAAAGUACAUCACCAACCAUGGCACCCGUGUAAACUACCACACCGGACCCAUCGUCUGGGGGGAGCCAGGAACCAACGGACAGCAUGCAUUCUACCAGCUCAUUCAUCAAGGAACACGUAUGGUUCCUGCUGACUUCCUUAUCCCCGUCCAGACUCAAAACCCUAUCCGAAACAACCUGCACCACAAGAUCCUGAUAGCCAACUUCCUGGCCCAGACUGAGGCUCUGAUGAAGGGGAAGACCACAGAAGAGGCCAAGAAGGAGCUGGAGGCUGGAGGUCUGAGUGGGGAAGCCCUCGACAAACUGCUGCCUCACAAAGUCUUUCCAGGAAACAAACCAACUAACUCUAUUAUCUUCAAGAAGCUGACACCAUUCAUCCUUGGAGCGCUUAUUGCCAUGUAUGAGCACAAGAUCUUUCUGCAGGGUGUCAUCUGGGAGAUCAACAGUUUCGACCAGUGGGGAGUGGAACUGGGCAAACAGCUGGCCAAAAAAAUUGAGGCUGAACUUCAGGACGCCACCGAAGUUCACUCUCAUGACUCCUCCACAAAUGGUCUCAUCAACUUCCUGAAGAAGAACUUCGCCUGAGCCUCCCGUGCUGUGUCCCACUGCCCCAUGCACAAUCCCACACGUCGGCUGUUGGUGGCCCUUCUGUGGGAGCAGGAGCACACCUGCAGUUACCUGUCUCUGCACUGAGUGUCUGUCAGCUGUGAGGCUUGUGUAAGUCCACAACUGAUAAAGGACAUGCCACGUGGAAGCAUAUCGACAUUCAGCCACACCUUUCACUUCAACAUCGUGUCACGCCAAGAAUAAAUGUCAAAUACUUUA